AUGACAGUGAAAGAGCAUGAUUAUUUGCCAGAUGCUACCAACAGUUGCCGCUUGGAUGUUAUCAUCGUUGGCGGCGGCAUGGGAGGCUUAUCUGCCAGUAUCCAAUGUGCUCUAUCGGGGCAUCAUGUUACGGUUAUCGAAGCUGCAAACGAGCUUGCUGAGACCGGUACAGGUAUCCAAGUGACUCCCAACUCCUCGACAUUAUUGAAAAGAUGGGGCCUAUCCGAGUCCUUCUGGAGCUCCGCAGCGAGGCCAAGUUCGAUGAACUUCCGGCGUUAUUCAGAUGGAACGAUUCUAUUCAGAGAGCAAAAUUAUGCCGAAAGUUUGAAGAAAAAGUAUGGGUCUGAAACAUUGAAUAUCUCUCGGGUGGACGUUCAAAAAGGUCUUUAUGAUCGAGCUAAGGAACUCGGAGUGGAGUUUCAUUUCGGCACCAAAGUGAUUGAGAUUGAUAUGGACGAUGGCCGAAUAAAAUCAGCAGCUGGUCAAGAAUUUAAAGUUCUUUUGGGGAAACAAGACUACCCCGAAGCGACAGGGGACCUUGUCUACCGUAUCAUUCUCAACGCGGAAGACGUCCCCGCCGGAGAACUGAGAGAUAAGAUUACAAACCCGGAACUUAAUAUCUGGUUUGGGCCAGACUGUCACGCUGUGUCAUAUUCCAUUCGGAGUGGCAAGGCGCUAGGUCUUGGUCUCGUACGCCCGGACGACCUUCCCGCCGGGGUUUCUAAGAAGGAGGGCUCGGCCGAAGAAAUGAGGGAGCUGUUCCGUAAUUGGGACCCGAUUUUGGCCCGGUUCCUGGACCACGUCAAAGUCGUCGAGACGUGGAAGUUGAUGCACCGACAAGAAGUAGAGACGUGGAUAAACGAUAAAGGAAAUUUUGUUCUCAUUGGUGACGCCUCCCAUCCAAUGAUCCCAUAUCUAGCCCAAGGGGCCAACUCGGCCAUGGAAGAUGGAGCUACCAUUGGUUUGAUCCUCGGCAAGAUAACGUCCAAAUCGCAGCUCCCCCAAGCCUUGCAGAUGUUCCAAACUAUGCGUAAAGCGCGGGGAGAAGCAGUAGCACGAGAGUCACUCAAGAUGCGAACAUUUUAUCACAUGCGCGAUGGCCCUGAGCAACAAGAGCGUGAUUCGCUCCUUGACAAAUACACUGAUUCCAAGCGUAUAAUCGAGGAAAAAUUUCCACUAAGCUGGGUCUGCCCCAUAUUCCAGCCGUGGCUGUUUGGAUAUGACGCCCACAUUGAGCUUGAGAAGGCCAUAGAAUCUAGCCCCUUUGUUUGA